UGAAAGCGGGUCAUGAACACAAAGCCCUCAAGAGGGCAGCCGUGAGGGUGGUAUGUACAGAACAAUGCACUUUUCAGCUGCCAACCUGGCCGAACGAUAAAUAUCAAGCAAAACUUGCUUCCCUCUCCACCUUUUAAUCCUUCUUCUUUUCUGUCCUUCCAAACCUCAAUAUCAUAAUGCGUGUCCCCAACGCCUUCGCUCUUCUCUGCGCUAUCCCUGCCGUCCACGGCUGGGGAGAACUCGGCCACCGCACUGUAGCGUACCUGGCAGAGAAGUACCUUUCCAGUGCAGCCUCAGACUUGGUUGACAAUCUGCUCGCAAACAACCGAGGCUGGGAUAUCUCCGACGGCGCGCUUUGGGCGGAUGCUGUUAAGCACAGGCGAGGAUACAACCAUACUGGAAAAUGGCACUAUAUCGACGCAGCCGACGACCCCCCUCGAUACUGCAACGUAAACUACAGGCGCGACUGCAAGCCAGGCCCCGGCUGCAUCGUCUCCGCAAUCUCAAACUUCACCGCCCGCGUCAACGACGCCUCCCUCGCCCAAAAGCAGCAAAAAGAAGCCCUCAUGUUCCUCCUCCACUUCAUCGGCGACAUCCACCAGCCGCUGCACACGGAGCUGCUCGACCGCGGCGGCAACGACAUCCACGUCAACUUCUCCAACCGCGUCGAGAACCUGCACGCCGUGUGGGACACGCACAUCGCGCACAAGAUGCGCGGGCUCAAGGCGAAGGAAGGAGACGACGCGGUGUUGAAGGAGGCUGCGGCCGUCUGGGCCGAGGAGCUGUACGCUGCUAAUGAAGCGACGGUCGCGGUCGCCGAGUGCAGGGAUGUCAGCACGGCGGAGAAGUGCGCGCUUGAGUGGGCGGAGGAGGGGAAUGCUUGGAUCUGCGAUAAUGUGCUCAAGCCGGGGGUGGAGUGGCUGAAGGAUAGGAGGAACGACCUUGCGGGGGAGUACUUUGAUGACGCGGUUCCGGUUGUUGAUGAGCUUGUGGCGAAGGCGGGGUUGAGGCUUGGGGCUUGGUUGAAUGCUUUGGCUGCGGGGAGAGAGUGUGCUGGGUUUGUGGUUCAAGAGGGUGAGCGGAUUGAGAUUUGACACUGAGGGAGGGACGAAUGAUUUUCUUUCGGAGCGGCUAGAAAAACGGGACUGUCUUUUGCUAGUUAGAGAUCUAUUAGGUACAGCGCUCGU